GUUAUUUUAUUAAGUGUCACUUGUCAAAAAAAAGUACGUGUUUUUCUUCGAUAAAAGUGUAAAAAUCUGAGUUUCGAAGCGAAAUGGGACGUUUUUAUUGAGAUUAAUCUCUUUUUUACCGGAAAUGAUGUCUUAAUUAAUUAGAGUCGAUUAAUUAAUUAAUUAAUUGAUUAUGGAUCAACAAGAUUGUACCGAAAAUAUAUGUAGAGUGUGUCGUUCGGAAGAAGUCCCCGAUCGGCCGCUUUUCCACCCUUGCAUUUGUACCGGCACAAUUAAAUUUAUCCAUCAGGAGUGCCUCCUACAAUGGAUGCGGUAUUCCCGGAAAGAAUAUUGCGAAUUAUGUGGUUACCGCUUUUCGUUUACUCCGAUUUAUUCGCCGGAUAUGCCCCGGAGACUCCCUUUACGCGACCUUGCAAUCGGUUUUUUAACUUCGAUUAUAACCGCGGCGAAAUAUUGGUUGCAUUAUACUUUAGUGGCGGUGGCUUGGUUGGGGGUUGUGCCGCUUACGGCGUGUCGAAUAUACCAAUUUGUGUUUUCGGGGAACAUCGAGGUUAUAAUAACCACAGAGAAUAUAGCAGGGGACAUUUUCCAUGGAUGUUUUGUUGUAACUUGCACUUUAUUUACUUUUAUUGGCUUGGUUUGGUUGAGAGAGCAAGUUUUGCAUGGAGGGGGGCCGAAUUGGUUGGGGGAAAACGAAAAUGUCCCUGAAAAUGAGAACAUAGUUGAAGUGUUAUUACCCAAUAAUAACGAAGAAAACUUGCUAAAUCAAGAAAAUAUUGAAGAAAACGAAAUUGUGGAUAAUGAAGAGAAUAAUGAGAAUAAUUGGAUCCCUAUGGAGUGGGAUCGCGCGGCGGAAGAAGUGACUUGGGAGCGACUUUUGGGGUUAGAUGGAUCCUUAGCUUUCUUGGAGCACGUUUUUUGGGUCUUAUCCCUUAAUAGUUUGUUUAUAUUGAUAUUUGCGUUCACCCCUUAUCACAUUGGGAUGAUCUUUUUAUCCUCCCUUAACUUAAAAACGGCGAAUUUUCACUUCGAGGGGCUUUUAACGACACUUUUGGGCUACUUUUUUAUUGGGUUCUUAUUGAUUUUGUUGCAUUACAUCGCCGCGUUGUUUGGGUUGCAGAAAGCAAGGCGAAUACUCGGACUAUGCUAUGUUGUAGUCAAGGUUUCAAUGCUAUCAGUCGUUGAAAUCGGGAUUUUGCCGCUAAUUUGCGGAUGGUGGCUGGAUAUUUGCUCCUUGGCUAUGUUUGAUGCAACCUUAAAGGACCGCGAAUUGAGUUUUAAGCUAGCCCCAGGAACCUCGAUCUUUAUACAUUGGCUAAUAGGCAUGGUCUAUGUUUAUUAUUUUGCAAGCUUCGUUUUAUUAUUGCGCGAAAUUUUGCGCCCGGGCGUUUUAUGGUUCUUGCGCAACUUAAACGACCCCGAUUUUAGCCCAAUUCAAGAAAUGAUACACUUACCCAUACUAAGACACGUGCGCCGAUUAAUCUUAUCCGCGAUUAUUUUCGGCAGCGCCGUUAUGUUGAUGAUUUGGGUCCCAAUUCGCGUCCUAAAAGCUUUCUUCCCAUCCUUUUUACCCUACACUGUAUCCCUAAGCGGGGGCGAAAGCCAAGUGAACGAGCUAUCAUUAGAGUUAUUAUUGUUACAAGUGAUUUUACCCGCGCUGUUGGAGCAAAGCCACACGAGAAAUUGGUUAAAAAAGUUCGUUAAAAGUUGGUGCAAAGUGAUUUCGUGGUGUUUAGGACUCGGCUCAUACCUCUUAGGCGACGAAAACGAAGCAAAUCAAGACGAACAAAACCGCGAUGAGAACCAACAAGAUCCACCUGGGGGCGAAAAUGAACCGAACGAAGCCGAAAAUGAACGAGUCGAAGUCGAAAAUGAAGAUGAUGACGAAAACGACGAAGAUAAUCACCCAACUUUAUUCAUGAGAGUUGCGUAUCAUCAAAACGAAGCGGAAAAUUCACAAGAACUCGCCGGGAAUAGCUCAAAACAAGUUGAAAAUCAAGAAAUAAACGAAAAUGGGGUUCAAAAUCACCAAAUUGAACCAAACGAAAUCGAUGAACACCAAGAUCAAGAAAAUCCAAAUUUAAUACAAAACCCUGUCCCAAAUCAAAAUCAAAAUCCUCGCCAAAAUAACCCAAAUCAAGCUCAAAAUGAUUUUCAACCGGAAGUGAUUGGAGGUGGUUUAGGUGCGGUACAUCACGCCCUCUUGCUUCGCGAAGGUCGAACCGGUUACCAACCGUACGAAAAGCCGAAUUUUUUCGCGUUAAAACUCCUUUUAUUGGUAACGUUAAUUUCGAUAACUUUAAUAUUAACCAGUUUAUUAGCCCUAACGAUUCCCGUUUAUUUGGGUCGAAAAAUAAUGUCGUUUUGGUUUAUUAAUUCGUUACCGAUCAACUCGUCUACUCAUCGGCAGAUGGCAGUCGUUCAAACGGGGGUUAAAAUUUAUGAAUUGUAUACGGCUGCGUGUGGGACUUAUUUUUGUUGGUUGAUAGCGCGCGGGACUUCGUUAAUUUUCGGGUUUUUGCCGCAAGGUCGAAAAGAGAUUUUUGAGAAGUUAAAAAAUUGGUUUUUGAUCGGUGCGAAAAUGUUUAUUUCGGGGGUGAUUUUGUUGGGGUUGAUUCCGUUUUUGUUUGGGUUGUUGUUGGAGUUGGUGAUUAUUGUACCUUUAAGGGUGCCGAUUUAUCAAACGCCCGUAUUUUUUGUUUGGCAAGAUUGGGCGUUGGGCGUUUUGUAUACAAAAAUAGCCUGCGCUAUCACUAUGAUGGGUCCGGAUUGGUGGUUAAAAACCGCGAUCGAAAGGGUUUAUCGGGAUGGGUUGAGAGAAAUGCAAUUAAAGGUUGUUUUAAAGGAUUUAGCGGGGCCGGUUUUGGUUUGUUUUGGGUUGUUUUUAGCUGUUCCGUACGUUUUGGCGUAUUCUUUAGCGCCCAUUUUUAUCGUUAAUAUUCAGAUAAGGAUUUUAAUUGCGAGGAGAAUCUAUCCGUUUUUACUUUUAAUGGGAAUCGGAGCGUUUGCCGUUAUUUUGCAAAUACGGCAAUUAAAAAGAUUAUAUGAACAUAUUAAAAAUGAUAAAUAUUUGGUUGGGCAAAGGUUGGUUAAUUAUAAUCAUAGAUAAUUUUGUUGAAAACUUUUAUUAUUAAUUUUUGAUAAAAUAAUUCAUUUUUCUGUUUAAAAUCAAAAAUUUUUGUUAUUAAUUGAUUGAUUAAUUAUUUUUCGAUUUGUGUAUAUAAUGUUAUAAUUUAUGUUCUGGUUAAUCUUUUUUUAUUGUAUUAAUUGUAAUUAGUUUGGUUUAUACAGGAUUUUUUCUUGAUUAGAUGAUUUAUUGAACCAUCCUGUAUAUAUAUCUUUUGUUGUAAAUAUAUAGUAAAAUGAGAACGCGGUUAAUUUAGCUAUUAAUAAGUAUUUCUAUUGUAUUGAAAAUGAAAAGAUGUAAAAAAUAAAUAAAAAAGGAAUAAAUUGAACAAUUCAAA